AUGCCGCAGGAACGAGGUGAGGCUCCCCCCGGCGGGCCGUACAGGCCAGAGAGAUUUGGCAAGAAACGCGAGUGGCCGGGACCACCCAACGGAUUUGAAAGGGAUCAUGGCCCUCCACCUUUUUCUGGCGUUGGUGGUUCGGGAUAUCCGCCAGGAAUGGAACCGAGGGGCCGGGGCAGCCCCACACAGGGCGACGUCCGCGGGAGCUUUGAUCGGGGCGCGCUGCCACCGCCUCCGCCACCAGCAAGGAACGAUCGCGCGAGCGGCUGGGACAGCUGGGGGCCCAGCAGCCGCGAAGGCGGUGGCUGGCGCGGCGGCGCUUCGCGCCUGCCGCCGCCGCCAAUGCGGCGGCAGCACUCCUCCGGCCGCGAGGCGCCCGACUUCGAGGCCGGCGAGCUCGCCGGCCCCGGCGAGCCGCCGCUCAGCCGCAGCGGCUGGGACCAGAAGCCCGGGCUGGCUUCCGGCGGCGCCCGAGAGGGCCGCUACGGUGGCGGCAUCAGCCGGACGGCGUCCCUGCCGCUCGGCGGCCGCAUGUCGGCUCCGGAGGCGAUGCCGCUUGCCCCCGACCUGCCCGGGCCGCCGCCGCUACUCCGCUCCGUCUCGCAUCCGGCGGCCCGCCCCGUCAGCCCGCUGCACUCUUCCGCCAACAGGCCGCUACCCAACGGCAGCAGCAGUUUCGAAGCGCACUGGCCGAUGGCUGAGGAGCAGCACACCCGCAGCAGCAACUUCCCAGUGGCGUACACGCCCCUGCCGCACCACCUCGUGAGCCAGCCCAGCCACUCUCUGCCACCAGGCAUCAUGAGCCGCCGCACGGACCUGCCAUUGCCGCCCGCGCCACCGCUGCUGGCGAGCCCCGUUCUGCCAGACUUGGCGAUGCCGGCAGCCGACGGCGGGGCGCCGUCCCCAGCGCUGCUGCGCCCCGCCGAGGCGGCCUCAGUUGGAGGCGUGACGCCUGCGCGGCAGCUUCCUGAGGCUGAUUACGAAGCCGGCGAGCUGUCGACACCGGCCGGGUCGGUCGCGGGUGACGCGAACGCGACGCCGGUGUCGGACGACCCGCCCAAGCGCAAGCGGCUAGGCUGGGGCCAGGGCCUCGCUCGUCUGCGCAGCGUGGACAAGCGCGGCCUGCCGGCCGACGACCACUCCGAGCACAGCCCGCGCGACUCCGAGGCCAGCCGCCACACCGACGCCGGCGCGCACGACUCAUCCGCGCUCAAUAGCCCCAGCUUCUCCGCGCGCACCGACGACGCCGCACCGGCCGCCGCCCUGUCACCCGUCGUGCCCGGUCCGGAUGCAGCGGCCGCUGCGGCGACCGCGGUGGCGGCUUUCACUGAGGAGCCGGCCGGCUCGGCGCUGCCGCCGCCGCCGGCGCUGCUCAUGGUCGAGCCGGCAGUCGUCAUCGAAGCGGCGGCGGAGGUGGCCACUCCAGCGCCACCGCCGUCGCCGCUGCAGCCGGCGGCUCUAACGCCGAUCCGAGGUCCCGAGGAGGCGCCCGCCGCGGCAGCCGCCCCUUUAGCGUCGACGCCGCAGUCCCCCAAAGACCGCCCAACAAUCUUCACGCCCUCGCCAGAAGCGCGUGCACCCGUUGUGAGCCCCUCCUUGCCGCCGCAGCUGCCGCCGUCGGUGUCUGCAGAGCCCAGCCCGCUCAAGCAGGAAGCCAUUGCCGCGCACGAAGGGGAGAGUCCCAUUCCAGAGCCAGUGAAGGCUGCAGGCCAGCAAGGCGCGGAGCAGAAGCCGUCAAAGGAGGUGAUCAUGCGCAAGAUCGACACUGCGGACAGCGAGAUCGAGGCCUUGGAGCGGCAGAUGGCGGAGCUGUCAACCGCGCUCGAUGCCGAUGUGGCCGCGGCGCGCGAUCUGGCGGAGGAGGUCACGCAUCUGGAGACCGCGCGGCCAAUGGAGACCCAGCCCUCGGAGGAGGAGUCCUCCAUUGCGCAGUCCACACAGGGACAGUUGGAAGCAGCUAUGGAUGUGGACGUGGCAGAAAAACCUACUGCGGUUUUGCACCCCCUGACAAAGAAGGCCAAGGCUCUGAAGAGGGCCAGGGCGGGCGGCGUCGCGCGCAUUACUCCCCCAAAACUCCCAUCGUUGGCGACCGGGGAGAUGAGCGAGGGUGACCGGCACCUGCUGCGGCUUCCAAGGCGCUGGCAGGUGGAGGCUGUAGUGAAGACCAACCAUGAGCGGGCGGCCGAGGCGCGGUCGGUGUUUCUCCCUUUAUUGCAUCCGGACAUGCUGGAGGAUUCGCUGCGCGGUGUGAUGUACGGGCUGGUGGAGGAGGCCCCCGCGUACCACCACAACCUGCGCACGCAUCAGCGCCUCUUUGACGCAUUACUAGAGCACGUGCGGCGGCGGCGUUCGGCGCUAAGGCGCAAGGAGGCCGCGCUCGGCCGCCAGUACCUGGCGCUGUACGAGCAGUGGCGCUGCCAUUUCACCGGCAAGAGCGGGGUGCGGAAGGACCGGCCCGGCAUGUCGUUGGCGCGCGCGGCGAGCGGCCGCAAGACGGCGCGCAGCGACUACGAGCAGGCGCAGAUCAUGCUGCAGCUGCAGGCCGUCGAGCGCAUGAAGGAGAUGGUGCACGUGCCGCCGCAGGUGCUGUGCCCGUACGAGCGCGCAGCACGGCGCUUUGUCUGCCGCAACGCGCGCGUGGAGGAUCCGGUGGAACUGCUGAAGCAGGAACGCCAGCUGAGACCGUGGACCCCCGAGGAGAAGCGCAUCUUCAACGAGAAGUUCCUGGUGCACCCCAAGGACUUCCGACGCAUCGCGAUGCACCUGGACAUCCGGACGACGGGUGACUGCGUGAUGCACUACUACCGCAUUCAGAAGCUGGACGAGUUCGCGGCCGUCCGCCGCAAGCAGCAGCUCAAGAAGCGACGGCAGCAGUCCGAGGUCAACCGCUCCAUCACCUACCUUGGCAUCGGCGGUGCCGCCGCAGCCGCCAAGCGGGGGGACCCCCUUGCACCCCACCACGCCGUGGUCCACGCAGACCAGCUGACGUCCAGGGGCUCCAAGGGGCCGCGCGGCGGCGGCCGAGGGGGCCGGGGCGGCGGCCGCGGCAGCCGGCUCGGCGGCAACACGGCGGCCGCCGCCGCCGCGGCCGCCGCUGCCGCAGCGGCUGCGGCCAACAUUGCCGCCGAGGCAAUGGCAGAGGUCGGCGCUACGAGAGGAGACGAGGACUGGACGCCUGCGGACGAGGGCGGCGCCCUGGACGUCGGAAAGAAGCUUGGCAGGGGCGGGGAGAGCAGCUCGUGGUCUCAGGCGGAGGAGAAGCUCUUCGUGGAAGGCGUGCAGCUCUAUGGCCUGGACUUCCCGGCGAUCCGGCGGCACAUGGGCCAGUCGCGCACGAUCGGGGCGGUCAAGUCGUUCUUCAGCAAGAACCGCCGCCGCCUUGACCUCGACCGCUUGGCCGACGAUGCCGCGGCCAAAAUGGAAGCCGACGAGAUGGCGAAUGCUGACCUGCAGCACCUCGCGGCACCGCUGGCGCGCAGGCCGCCCUCGAGGAGCGCCACGCCGGCAGCCGACGCGCGCAUGCCGCCACCGGCCGACAUCGCGCUGCGCAGCGCCGAGGCAGCCGCGGCAGCGGCGGCUGCUGCCGCCGCAGCGGUGGUGCACGCGCAGGACGGGCCCGGCUUUGCGGCGGCCGGGGACGCGGAGAUGGCGGAUGCGGCCGACAUGCUAAGCUCGCUGCAGGCGCUGAGCGCGGCCGGGGGGCACCCCCUCAGCGCGCCACCGCUGGGCCCCCCGCUGCCCCUGGGCGUUGGGCCCCCCGGCUUUGGCGGCCUGCAGCCGCCAUUCGCGCCACAGGUGCUGCAACACCUUGCGGCUCAGGGCAUGGGCGACGUGGGCGGCAUGCACGGACCAUUUCCACCAAACAUCCCCCCUCAGCUGGCGGGCCUCAUGCAGGCUCAAGCGCACGCGCAAGCCCAGCAGCAGCAGCAGCCAAACCCCGUGCAAGCACUGCACUUCAUGCAGCAGAUGGGCCUCCCCCCGCAUGUGCUCCACAUGCUGGUGCACCAGAUGGCGGCCGCCGGGGGCCCCCCGGGCAUGGGGGCCCACCCCCCACCGGGGGGCCUGCCCCCAGGCCUCAAUCCCACGCUGCUCAUGCCCGGGGUCAUGCCUGGGCUGCACCCACUCAACCUAAACCUGCAGAAUUACGCCCUCUUCCAGGCGUUGCAGGGUGCAGGGGGAAUGGCGCCGAUGUCAGCGGCGAUGCACAGCGUCGUGCCGGAGCGGCAGCUUCCGGGGCAGCUUCCAGGGCAGCUGCCGCUUGGCAGCGGCGGCUUCCAGGCAGCUGCGGACGAGCGCGCCUUCCACUUCCAGCAGCAGCAGCUGCAGCAGCAGAUGGGCGUGCAGCAGCAGAUGGGCGUGCAGCAGCAGCUUGACAACCUCCAGGCGAUGGCUGAAUUUAAAGAGGCCCAGAUGAAGAGCACGCGGCCGCUGUCUCCCCCGGACGCUGCAGGCAUGGAGGGCCUGGGUCUGGAUCCAAGUCAGGAGGCUAGGUGGCGCUAUGACAACGGCCUGCACGCGCGCAUGGAUGUGGACCCCCACCAGGGGCCACCGCAGGGGGGACCGGGCCCCCCCGGCCCGCCACCGCCAUUUCUGGUGGGGGGCCCGCCACCCCGCGGCGAGGCCCUCAUAAUGAAGAAGAGCGCCUCUGCUGACUCUCUGCCUGUCUUCUGCGCCGCACCUGUCGACGAGGUGGCUGAGUCAGUGGUUGCCAAGCGGCAGAUGUCUCUGUGGACAGAGAAGGAGAAGGUCGCCUUCAUCGAAGCCUACAAGAUGCAUGGGCGCAAUUGGGCGCGGCUGUCCGAGGCGGUGCCCAGCAAGACGCUGACGCAGAUCAAGAAUUACUACCAGAACUACAAGGUCAAGCUGGGACUGGACCGGAUGGAGCUGCCGAUAUCGGCGGUGCAGCCGAUCAGCCGCAAGCGCUCGCGAACCGACGCCGCCGACUCCCCGGCCGUCUCCGGCACCCCCUCGGUCCCCCCGCCCUCCACCGCCGCUGCCGCCGGCUCCGGCGCCGCGCCGGCCGACCUCGCCACUGCCGCUCUCGAGCGCCUGCAGGUCCAGCAGCCGGAGCGCCCCUUCUCCACGCCACCUGGCGCCAGCCUGGAGGCGGUUGCAGCCGCCGCUGACGCAGCGCGAGACAAGUCACAGUCGGCGCCGCCGCCGGGCCUCUACAGCGGCCAGCUUCCGCCGGCUGCUCCUGCCUUCAGCGACCUGGAGCGCGGGCCGUCGCCGGGCGCGAGGGCAGCGGCGGCCGCUGAGGUGGCGGAGGCGGUGGAUGGGCAGCAGCUGCUGCCCGCUGCCGCUGCCCGGCAGGCAGCGGCCAAGAGCAUGCCCCACCAGGGCCUGCUGCCGCUCAUAGCUCGGGAGAACGUCAGGCCGGGCCACGGCGGCUCACUUGGGGGAGCGCGCAUGCAGCAGCAGCUAUUCAGCACUGGCGGCGGCAGCAGUCUGGCGGCCAGAUUAGGCGUGGCAGGUUCCAUGAGCAGCUCGCUGCCCACCCCGAGCCCAGCGGGCAGCCCGGCGCCUAGUCAGCGCCCGGAGGGUGUGAGGGCUCGCGCAUCGCUGCCACGAGAGGCGCUGGCUGCCAGCGAUGACCUCAGCGACCGCAUGGCUCGCUUCCUGCAGCACAGGCGUGCCGGGCCCCCCUCCUCGCUGCCGGAAGCGCCGGCGAUCACGACGUUUUCUCCUCGUGUGAGCGCCGCGUCGCCGCCGCUGCUCUCCGGCGACCUGGCCAUCGGCAUCGGAGUUUCAGCGGGCCAUGUGAGCACGCCGGCGCUGCUUGAGGUGCUCCGGUCGAUAGGGCAGGCCGGGCCAGCUUCGCCGCAGCAGCUUAUUCCCCCAGCGCUGCCCCUUGCCAACGCCUCGCCGCCCCCGCCGCAGCCCUGGCCGCCCUCCACCGAGGCCGUCAAGGCCAUGCUCGCCGCCGCCACCGCCGCCGCCUCGGCCACGGCCGACGCACAUCGGCCGAGCGUGGCCGACAGCGCUCCCGGCCCCGGCCCCGGUGCUGCGGGGCAGCCGUCUCCGGCAGACGCGCCGAAGCAACCGCUCGCAGCGGAUGCGCGCAAUGAAGAGCCAUCUCCAUUGGGGAUCGGCUCCCUGGAUCAGGCGGGAGGCAGGCUGCAGCCGGACGAGCUAUUUGGGCAAGCAGCGGCCGCUGCUGCGGCGAUGGAGUCUGAUGUGCCCACCAUGUCAGCGGCAGAGGGCCCCCCGCAGGGCUCCCCGCAGGGCGCUGGGCAGCCGGUUGUGCAGCAGGCAGACGCGGCAGUGUCGCCAGCAGUGGUGUCUGACAGCGCCGCAGUGGUCCCUCGACAGCCUGCGGCACAGACUCCUUUACAGCCACAGCCUGCUGCCGCUGAGUUGACCUCCAGCUCUACGGCUGGCCCAGAGGUCAGCAUGGAAGCCGUGGCUGAGCAUGAAGCGGCAAGCGCCGCUCAGGUGGAGAAUGCGCAUGAGCUGUACGUUGCAGAACAGCCAACAGCAGACGUGCAGUCCCCAAGCAGGGUGCAGAAUGGCAGUGUGCUGGCAGCACCUGCAGAAGAGGCUGCUGCGCCUGACCCAGCAGAGGGUGUGGCGCCAGAUUUGGCCGCCAGCGGCAGAGGCAUCGCCCUGGCAGACGCGCCGGAUGCGCAUGCAGCGCCCGCGCCUGGACAGGCAGCGGAGACUGCUCAGGUAGCAGCACCUGAAAAGGCUUCGCGUGCAGUUGUGGAUGCACCAGCCAGCUCCCCCGAGCUGGCAGGGCACGCUGCGGAGCCAUUGCAGCCAGCUGUCAUGGCGGCUAUGGGUGCGGGUGAUGCAGCGGCGGUGACGUUGAGUGACAAUCAGUGA